AAAAGAACAUGCAAAACAUACAAAUUAACUAUGGUGAGGUAGUUUACCAUAUAGUUUGUCAGAGAGAACAUCUAGUUCGAGACAUCUACUACCAAUUGUACGUCUUUACGAAUGCUAUUACAUUGUCAACUGUAAUUCUAUAGAGUUAUGAUUUAAUAAUAGGAAAUGGAAUCACCCAGUCCAAAGUACAUGGUGCCAAUAAACUUAGAGAAUAACAUCCAUUGGGUCAAAAAUAAUCAAAGAGUCUUGACUCAAUUCGGUAUUGAGUACAAAGGAACAGUCAAAUAUUUCACAGCUCCAGAAUAAGAACUAAAGACAUUCAAGAGAAUAAUCAAAAACAGAAUAAUGUACAGAGAAGUCAGCGACUUUUAUCAACCAUUAAAACUCUUGGGCAAGGGAGGCUCAUCCAAAGUAUGUUAUUUAACUUAAUUUUAGGUUUAUUUGGUAUAGGAAAAGGACAAUUCAGCAGAGUUUGCAUCCAAAUGUAUUGAGAAAAGGUAUCUCAGAGAAGAUGGUGGUUAUGUAAGAAUUCUCUCUUAAUUUUAAGACUGCCUUAUUCAAUGAAAUUACAAUCAUGUCCAACCUAGACAACGAGUAAAUCGUCAAACUUGAAGAAGUCUAUGAAGGAGACAACACAUUUUAUCUCAUACUUGAGUAUUUGAAAGGACCAAGUCUACAUGACUUAUGUAAUAGUAGAAGUACAACAUAGCCUUUGUCUUGGGAGUAGAUUAAACAAAUCAUGUGGGUACUUUAAUAUGUUUAAAUAUUUAUAGCAAUUACUCAAAGGAGUAGCUCAUAUGCAUAGUUUAAACAUCAUGCAUCGAGAUCUCAAACCAGAGAAUAUCAUGUUUAAGGAACAUGGAUCUGUCUAAGGACUUAGAAUAGUUGAUUUCGGCUUGGCAACAAAUACAAAUGUAGAAAAAUACCCAUUCCCAAAAUGUGGAACUCCUGGUUAUGUUGCUCCAGAAAUCGCUAAUCUCAAAGAUCUCACUCUAAAAUAUGAUAAGAUCUGUGAUAUGUUUAGUGUUGGUUGCAUCUUCUACAAAUUGUAAGCAAUUGUUUUUAUUCUUUAGGAUUACUCAGAAGGAUUUAUUCCCAGGUAUUGACUAUCAUGAAAUUCUUAAACUGAACAAAAAAUGCUACGUUAAUCUUGAUAAUCUUCAGAUGUUCAAGGCUCCCUCUUCAGCUGUUGAACUCAUCUCUUAAAUGCUUAAUCCCAAUCCUAGUCUAAGAAUCUCUGCUUAAAAAGCCUUAGAGCACUUAUUCUUUGUUCAAAGUCCCUAAGCUGAUAUCAGAAUUAGCUUUUAGACAAAAAAGCGAUUAGAUCCUUAGAACAAAUUAUGGUAGACUUAACUUUUCAAAAACAUCAAAUCGGAUAAAAUUCAGCUUCCUGAGAUUCCAGUUAAACAUAGGUAAUAAGCAAGAGAGGAUGAAGUGGUUGAAGACGAGAAAGUAUGCAUAAAUGUUCCUGUUAUGAAAAGCCCCAGAUUUCAAUAAUAAAUUAAAUAGAAAAAUAUUAAUCUCAUCGAUAGUUAACCUUCAACUCCAAGAACCAAAUAAAUUAAGAAAUACUCAACUCAAGAUUAUGAUUUAUCAUCUGAUGCUUCAUCUCCUGAUUCUGCUAGAAUGAGACCAACUAUUGUCCUUAAAAAUUUACCUCAAAGCACCGCCAAGGCUCAAACUCCAAGGGCUCGACCUAGCAAAUAAAUCAUUUUCUAAAGACAACUGUCCAAUUAACCUAUUGAGGAAGUAAAUGAAGAAGAAAUUAAAGCUUGAACAUAGUUGAAACUAAC